AUGGCGCCAUCGGCUGCCAGUCAGAUGCUCGUCAAGGUGUCUCGAUCUGUUGCUGCGCUGACUCCUCUGCCCCGAACCUCAUCGGCUCACGUGCUGCGCGUGUGGCGAGCGGCGGACGCGGUGUGCUUCGACGUCGACAGCACGGUCUGCGUCGACGAGGGCAUCGACGAGCUCGCCGCAUAUUGCGGAGCGGGCGAGGCAGUAGCUGCCUGGACGACCAAGGCCAUGUCCGGGUCGGUUCCGUUUGAAACAGCUCUGGCCGCUCGGCUGGAGAUAUUUAAUCCCUCCGCUGCUGACGUGGCAGGGUUUCUCAGAGACCAUCCGCCAAGGCUAAACCCCGGUAUUGGUGAACUCGUUAAGAGAUUAAAGGCGAGAGGAACCGAGGUGUACCUUAUUUCUGGUGGCUUUCGGCAAAUGAUUGAGCCUGUCGCCGCGCUUCUGGACAUCCCCGUUACAAACAUCUUCGCCAACCGUCUGCUUUUUGAGGAGGGAAGCGGCGCAUACGCUGGGUUUGACGCUAAUGAGCCCACUUCUCGGAGUGGAGGCAAGGCCAGAGCCAUCGCGCAGCUGAAGCAGGAGCAUGGAUUCAAAAGCUUGGUCAUGGUGGGAGAUGGUGCCACUGAUCUAGAGGCUCGGCAACCAGGUGGAGCCGACAUGUUCAUUGGGUACGGAGGGAUCCAGGUCCGGAAAGUUGUUGCUGCCGAAGCUAACUGGUUUGUGAUGGAUUUCCAAUAUCUCAUUGAUAGUGUAUAG